AUGAGCUGCGCCUGGUCACAGUGGGGCUCCUGGGGUCGGUGCAGCCUUUCUUGUGGGAGCGGUCGCUAUGAGAGGAUGAGGCGUAUUGAAAGAAGGUCGGAUCCAGGCGGUCUUCCUUGCUCCGGGGCUUCCCUGGAGAACGGUGCCUGCAACAACGGACCCUGCCAGCCAACCGACUGCAGGCUCGGCGACUGGUCCUCCUGGUCGGAGUGUGACGUACUUCACCCACAAAGAUUCCGGAGACGGAAUGUUGAAGUAGCACCAAGCAACGGCGGAAGAGCAUGUGACAAAUAUCUGAUUCAGACCGUCCCUUGCUUUGCGCCCAACACUGCUGGACAGGACUGUGACAUUGGAAUGUGGUCGCAAUGGAGCGACUGCUCGAAGACCUGCGGCGGUGGCCAGAUGUCUCGCAAGAGGCAGCUUUUGAAGCCGAACACAGAGGGUGGCUUCUGCCAUCACGCUGUCCUCCAACAAGCAGAGCCUUGUGGGACGGAUGACUGCAGAUCUCCGGCGCCCAAUGACUGCAUCUUUGAGCAUUGGGGAGCAUGGUCAAACUGUGAUGCGCUCUGUGGCAAGGGCACCCGCGAGCGGACGAGGAAGAUAGCUGUCUUCGCAAGCGGCGAUGGACGGGGCUGUGAAGGGGCCACGCAACAGCUGUCAGAGUGUCAGCUGCAGACCUGCGAGGUCGUCGACUGCCAGUGGAGCGAGUGGUGGGACUGGUCGGUUUGCUCAGCUUCCUGUGAUGGAGGAACGAAGCGUCGAGAGAGAAAUGUGGCGGUGGCACCGCAGCAUGGUGGAAGUUUGUGCUUCCCCAAAGACAAGAGCCAGAUCGCGCCUUGCAACACGGAGUCCUGUGACGCUGCGUGCUUAGAUGGUGAAUGGAGUGAAUGGAGUGGUUGGACAGAUUGUUCUGCAACAUGUGGGACAGCUUACAAAUCUAGACGUCGUGACGUGGCGGUCCAACCCAGCCAUUGUGGGAAGCCAGCGGUCGGGUUGCGCGAGGAGUACAAGGCUUGCGUUGACAUGGCCGAAUGCAACGUCGUUCAAGACUGCGUCAUGGGCGAGUGGAAUCACUGGUCACAAUGCAGUUGCAGUUGUUUCGGCAUCCGGGAACGGAAUCGAGUUAUCGAGCGAUUCGCGACUGAAGGUGGAGAGUCAUGCAAUGGAACGGUCAAAGAGGUAGUGCCUUGCAACCCUGGUGUUGGGCACGAGUCCUCAGAGCAAUGUGGUGCUAACAGGCGGCGACAAGAUUGUGUCAUGUCCGACUGGGAGCAGUGGAGCGAGUGUACAGCAAGCUGUGGAGGCGGACAGACCGAACGUUCUCGACACAUCGUGCUGUCAUCAGCAUAUGGCGGCACUCCCUGCAGCGGCGAGCUCGCGGAGAUUGAUCGAUGUAGUGAGGAGCCUUGUCCAGAGAGUGGCUGCCACGACUGUAGCUGGGGUGAAUGGAGCCACUGGGGCAGUUGCUCCAAAUGUGGCGGGCAGAGGUUUCGCUUUCGCAACAUCCAGCAGAUGCCAAAUCAUUGCGGAAGGCCAUGCAAGCCGAUGGAUGCAAAAGAAGCGGGAGCAUGUCACAGCAAAUGUGAAAAUCCUCUCUUCUGUGCUUGGACAUACUGGUCAACGUCAGAAUCUUGUGACAAGUGUGGCACCACCAGCACGACACGCAACAGAGCCCUUGGUUUGACUUCCUACUCCACAGACUUUCUCUUCAUGGCAUCGGAUGAGGCAUCAUGCGCCGGGACGCAGCUCAACGUGAGCGCGUGCCCGAUGAAAGAGGAGUGCCAGACGUGUGUUGCUGAGAACUGCGAGUUUGGCGCAUGGAGUGAGUGGCAUGAUCCAACAUGUUUGGGUCUGUGCGAAAGACAUCGUGUCAUCAGCCAGCACAACAACAACUGUGGCGUCGGCUGCACGGGCCCUACGCUCGAGACGAAGACAUGCCCCGUGGUCUGCCAACAAGAGCAGGAUUGCAAGUUCGGCGAUUGGUCUGAGUGGGAAGGGUGUCAGUCAACGAUGGGUGGCAUUGUGAGUCUCCAAAUGGACCGCAGCAGAGACAUUGUAAAGAUGCCGAUGAAUGGUGGCACGCCAUGCUCUGGAGAGAUGACGCAGACCAAAGCCUGCCCGAAGAUUCCACAAAACUGCAUCUUGGGGCCUUGGAGCAGCUGGUCGACCUGCAGCACCAGAUGCGUCACCGGAUGGCACACUCGAGAACGCGUGGUAGAUCAGCAGGCUAGACACGGGGGUGAGCCAUGUGCUGGACCACUCCUGGAGAUAGAACCCUGCCCUGGAGCCGAUGAAACAUGCAGGGCAUCUGGCAAGGAGGAUUGCAAGUGGGCGUCUUGGGAACAAUGGUCCCAUUGUGGCCUCGACGGGCAGAUGUCCCGGAAGCGAACCAUCGCACGCCUGCCAUCU